AUGUCCAACUUGAAGCACCUGCAAACAUUCCCUCAUCUUACAGAUGGCCCUUUUGAUUUAAUUGUAAUGGAUCCACCAUGGCAGAAUAAAUCUGUGAAAAGGCAGAAAUCAUACUGGAGUGUUACAAAUGAAGACUUUUUGUCCUGCCCUAUUGAGAAACUGGCUGCUCCUGGGUGUAUUGUGGUUGUAUGGGUCACCAAUCGACAAAGUCAUCAAAGAUUUGUUAAGGAGAGACUGUUCCCAAGGUGGAAUGUCCAGUUCCUGGCAAGGUGGCAUUGGCUGAAGGUGACAACAUCAGGUGAAUUUGUAUAUGACCUUGAUUCACCUCAUAAGAAACCUUAUGAAGCUCUUCUGCUUGGAAGAUACAAAAACAAACAUGGUUCUACUCAGGGGAUCAAAGAGCAAGAAAGUGUCAGUGAUAGCAAGGAGGACAAAAUUCCACAAGAUAAGGUUAUAAUCAGUAUCCCCUGCAGUUUACACUCAAAGAAGCCAUAUUUAGGAGAAAUUGUUUCUCCUUAUCUGAUUAGCAAGCCAAAGUGUCUUGAAUUGUUUGCCAGGAAUUUAUGGACAGGGUGGACCAGUUGGGGUAAUGAGUAUCUAUUGAACUCUCUUCCUCCUUACCUAAUCUAUUAG